AUGAACCCAAAAUCAAGACAUGCAAUACGAACUCCGACUCAGCUCUGCGUAUUCAGAAAACCUGUGACCGUAUCAGAAACUUUCAUGCGUACUGCGAGAUACGCUGAAAAUCCGAAAAAAUAUCUUGAGAAGACGUCGGACAGUCUGGUCUCCAGUCGUCAAGGCGCUCUGUCUUCACCAUUGCUCGAGAAUAGUAUGGUGGACAUGGACUUGUAUGGAUCUGGCACUUGCAAGGACCGUUUUGAAAAGACGAUUGCGCAUAAGCUAGGAAAAUCGCAUGGGUUGUUCUUUCUGACUGGAACCCAAGCACAAUUAUCGGCACUCAAGACCCAUGCCACCCAGCAGCAGCGUAGUUUGAUCGGUUGGCAUCCGACAUCACACCUCGAGACUUCCGAACAGGAAUCCUAUAAAUAUCUUUACAAUUUGAACAGGGUUCUUGUUGGAACGAAUAGGAACAGGUUGGCGAGCAUGGAAGAGAUCAAUGAUAUUGUAUCUCGGCCAGUUGACCAGCGGCCUGCCGCGAUCCUAUUGGAGAUACCAAAUCGUACGCUUGGAUGCGCGACCUACAGUUUUUCCGAAUUAGAAAAAAUUUCCUCCAUGUGCCGAACAGCGGGAGUUGCUCUUCAUUGCGAUGGCGCUCGUAUUUGGGAGAUCGAGGCCUUUUACAACGCGACCAGCGGCAAGUCCUUCGACGAUAUUGGAGCACUGUUCGAUUCAGUGUACGUCAGUUUGUACAAAGGGCUCGGAGGAAUUACUGGAGCCAUGGUGCUACACAAUGACAAGGCUUUCAUCGAAGAGCUGAAGAUUUGGCAACAUCGAGCUGGGGGCAGACCGUUCACACUAGCGUACGAGAUCGCUGACUGUGAGCGCGGAUAUCACGAGAUGGUGAACACGUUUUCGCGAAAACGAGAGAAGAUGAUUCGAGUCGUGAGGGAGAUCUCACGUGCAACUGCAACGCAACACAACUCUCAUGGUGAGAGGAUCGUUCGCUUCGUUCCCGAGGUUCCGACAUGUUGUCAAGUACUCACGUACUUCGACGGAUUUAACGAGCAUGAAUUACUGGCGGCAAGGGACAGAGUGGAGCAGCAGCUUAACGUGCGGAUCUUCGAAAGGCUUAGAUCAUCUUUUGAUAUAAUCGAUACAGACUCGGAAGCAACCAAAACAAGACUACUACAGCAUCAGCUUGACUUGCCGAAGCAGGCUGCAGUGCCUAUAGGCAAAGAAUAUAUCGAAUGGCGUAUUGGAUCUGUCACUGAGCAGAUUGCUGACGACGUGUUUGUGGAAACGUACGUUGCAUUUUGCAACGCAUUGAAGGGAUUGGUUAAGUGUCGACCCGGAGACAGCACCAUAGACAGCUUGUAA